AUGCUGCUAUGGCUCAUUGACAACUUGAGCCUCCAGCCCGGCGACACCCUGUGGAUGGCCAUCAACGAGGAGGUCGACGACGAGUUCAGAAUCGGUCAGCUCGUGAGCAAGACCUUCUCCAAGAUCGACUUCAGACUGCUGCGCUUGCGUCACCAGACCAAGGGCGCCAGCGAGACGCCAAGAUGGGAGCGCAUCGCUGACGGGUUCCUGCCCCUGCAGCUCUUCAUCGUCACCCAAAGCAUGACCAAGAAGCACCUCGAGCGCAAGACCGUCUCCCUCGACUGCGACACCAUCUACUGGGCCGAUGUCCUUCAGGACAUCCGCAACAUGCCCAAGGGCCAUGGCGGCUGCUUCUACUUCCCCGACGUCGGUGACAAGCCCAUCUUCUCUUACAUCAAGACGGAACCCACCAAGGACGGCUUGGAGCGCAUCGUCGAUAUCCAGGAGAAGAAGGCCAUCUCCAACAAGGCCAACACGGGCGCGUACGUCUUCCCGUCCGCCGCCCAGCUCAAGUCGUGGGCCGCCGAGAACCUCGACAUGAAGAGGCCCGACGGCUCCGAGGUGGGCGAGUACUACACCUCGCAGAUGAUCGCCCUCAUGAUCCAGAACGGCGUUCCCUACCUGGGCAUGCCCGUCAGCACCAAGGAUUUCAGCGUUGUCGGCACGCCCGAGCAGCUCAAGGACCUCUUGAAGCUUCUCAAGACCGACACCUCCAACCUCCCCAUCAAGCUGAAGAAGCGCCGUUUCUGCUUCGACCUCGACAUGACCCUGGUCGGCGUGCCCGCUGUGGCCGGAGACUACUCCACCUGCCCUCCCAUCGAGAAGAACAUCCGCCUUGUGCAGCAGUUGUAUAACGCGGGCCACUACAUUAUUAUUCAAACGGCGCGUCGCAUGCGCACACAUCACGGAAACCUGGGCUCUGUCCUCGCGGAUGUCGGCCCGGUUACCUUUGCACAACUGGCCAAGUACGAAAUUCCCUACCACGAUAUCCACUUCGGCAAGCCCUACGCCGAUGUCUACGUCGAUGACCUGGCAGUCAACGCCAACUUGGAUACCAUGCGGGAGAUUGGUUGGCUUCUGGACGAGCACGACCCGGCUGCGCUGAUCGGGCAAGAUGCUGGUACCGCAGAGGACGCGAAGAAGGCCGGCAUGAUCGCCGCGCGCGACUUCAACACCAUCCAGAUCAUUGGCGACAAGGUGAUCAAGUCGAGCAAGUCGGAGAACAUCCUUGGCGAGCUCUUCUUCUACUCCCACAUGCCCGCCGAUAUCGCGCACAUCUUCCCUACCGUUUACAAUGUCGACUACAUCCCCGACACCACCACCUACAACAUCACCAUGGAAAACCGCCGCGGCUUGACCUUCUCUCACCUCCUGGUCGGUCGCUCAAUUACCAAGGGCCGCCUCAUCUCCCUGCUCAAGGCUCUCCACUCCGUCCACACCACGGCCAGCACCGACAAGGCCACCCUCAAUAUCCCCAGCGCUCUGGAGAAGAAGUUCGAAGAGCACUCCCUCGCGCGGGCAAACCACCGCGUCAACAUCUACGCAAACUAUGGCUCGAAGCUGCGCAGUCGAUACUAUCAGCAUCAGGACAAUCUUCAGGAGCACUUUUUCACCUUCCUCGAGGAGACGUACUCGGUGCGCCUGCACCGCAAGACCCUCUUCCGCAUUACCGCUUCUCUCUUCUUCAGUCUCAUUCCCCUGCACCGACCGGAGCUGGGUGCCGUCUUCUUGCGCAUGUGUAAGGAGACGCUGGACAAGGCGAGCAACAUCAACUACGGCCCUGGCGCGCGCUCCACGGCAGGCGUCACGCUCAGCCGGCGGGCAAGCUCCAACUUUGGCGGCGAGGAGAAGGCUCGCGAGAUGCCCAUCGUUUCCGGCAAGGGGGAGAACCUCUCCAUCCCAAACGUCGUCGUCUCAGCGAAAUAG